AUGGUUCCCCCUGUUGUUGGAGAAAAAAGGGGGCCAGAGCAGAAGGCUGCUGGUGGUGGUGAACCGAAACGUCGGAGACUGCAGACCAAGAGAGUCGCUCCGGCGCAAAAGAAACCUGCAGUUGCUGCUGAAUCCCGAGAUGCGGGAUAUUCUUUCUUUGACUUCCCUGCGUCUCCUCCGCAUACCGCUGCUGCGGGUGCGGGGGUAUCGAAGGAGACUGUCGUGCCCCAGGAGCCUACGGUCCCUUCGGUUGGGCCGGUUCGCGAUCCCCCCUUGGAGAAGACGGUGGAAACGACUGCUGACCGGAUUUUUGACACUUUCCCUCUCCUAUGGGCAGGACCAAUAGACAAACAGCUUGUGGUUAUCCAUCCUAUUGCUGCCCCUGCUCUUCAAACGGGCAACUAUAAGAAAAUUAACGCCAUCGAGGCAGCACCAACAGACACACAACUUAUUGGUGUCCCUGCUCUUCAACUGGAUGAGUUGAAGGAGAUUACUGACAACUUUGGUAAUGAGUUUCGAAUCGGGGAAGGACUUUUUGGAAGAGUUUACGUUGGUGUCUUAAGAAAUGGCCAGAUUUCAGCCAUUAAAAUGUUAAGCUCAACUGCACAACCAGAGCAUGAAUUUUUACCUGAGGUUUCUAGGGUAUCAAGGCUUAAACAUGAUAAUGUCGUUCAGAUGCUUGGAUAUUGUGUAGAUGAUGGUAUGAGAUUACUUGCUUACGAGUACGCUUCGUAUGGAUCUCUUCGAGAUAUUCUUCAUGGGCGUAAAGGUGUGAAAGAUGCAUUGCCAGGUCCAGUUCUAUCAUGGGACGAAAGACUUAAAAUUGCUACUGGCGCUGCAAGAGGGCUUCAAUACUUGCAUGAGACGGCACAACCUCAAAUUAUCCAUCGUAAUAUCAAGUCUAGUAAUAUUCUGCUUUUCGACAAUCAUGUUGCUAAGAUUGGGGAUUUCGAUUUAUCAAACCAAACUCCAGACAUGUCGGAACGUACUAACUCUACCCGUGCUUUUAACUUUGGUUCUCAUGCCCCAGAAUAUGCCAUGACUGGAAAUCUGGAUUCAAAAAGUGAUGUUUACAGCUUUGGAGUUGUUCUCUUGGAGCUCUUGAGUGGCCGAAAGCCUGUCGACCAUACUUUGCCACCUGGUCAACAAAGUCUAGUCACUUGGGCUACACCAAAACUCCGUGAAGAUAAGUUUCAAAGCUGUGUUGACACUAGACUGAAUGGAGAAUACCCUCUCAAGUCAGCUUUCAGGGUGGCACACGUUGCGGCCCUGUGUGUGCAAUAUGAAUCUGAGUACCGGCCGAACAUGAGUAUGGUGGUUAAAAUACUAGAGCCGUUGUUGAAAUCUUAUGCUCCUCCUCCACCCCCUCCUCCUCCACUCUCUCCUCCUGCCAAAGCAUCACACUUGAACUUAUUUAUGUGUUGUUGCAGAAGACCAACUUAGCAGUUGUAUUUCUAUACAUGCUGUUGACUUCUAAGGUGUUCCAUUUCCUUUUCCCCUCAAUGCGAAGCCAAGGGAGCUUACUCAACCUGUACUCGAGCGCCUCCUCUAUGCACCCUUUAAAAAUAUGACGAAUUGGAAACAAAAGUUGCGUCAACAGAUGGUGUGGGGUGGUGUUAAGUGAGUGGAGGCUGUGUAACAAGUUUCAAAUUGACAGUAAUUUAAGUUUGUUACAUUUUCAUGCAAUGUGCUGAAUAUUAUCAUGCCCUCGAGAACGUAUAUGUAUAAAUCAGCAAUCUUCAAACAUUUUUGUUGUUGUUGUUGUUGGAUGUCCAUCUAUUUUGUUCUUAGGUGGUUUGGUAUGAGCAUGCACACGGUUG